AUGGGCCAACAUGGGGCUGCGCUGAGUCCGGACGCUUGCGAAGCCUUGGCUGCCUUUGAAGUCGCCCUGUCAGCGCUCUCGCCGCUGCCGGACUUGAGGCGAACCGUGAGCUGGGCAAAGGCCCAGUCGCUGCUGCUGCGCAUCGAACACCUUUUAGAGCUUCCGGCCACCGAAUACCUGUCGGGCCUGUCCUUGGGAGAUUUGCGAGCCGCGCUGGCGGUGGCAGAUGGCACGUUGGGGAAGCGUGUGAGCAGCGUGCUCCACGACUUUUUCGGCUACUGCAGCGUGACCUCCGCAGCGCUUCACGAGACUAGGACGCCGGAGCAAGAGGCGCGGGCGCGACGCCUGCAGCUCUUUGUGGCGGCGGAGAGCCAAGAGGCGGGGGCUUCAUUUCUGGCCAUCCCCUGGGCCCUGGGCUGUCGGUCUUGGCCACUGGCUGUUCGCAUCGUUGCCUGCCUUAGCGGCGACGCCGAGCGGCUGCUGCGCCUGCACUGCGAGGACUGGCUGGUGGCCUGUCAGGCGGAGGCCCUUGGGGAUUCGGCGUGGUUCCGCAGUGGCGCGCUGCGGUCUCUGGCCACACUGGUGAGGCACCAGGGCUCAGAGGUCUGCACCUGGCUGGCAGACUGCUGCCAACCAGGUGGCGCAAUGGCUCCGGCAGAGGUGGCCAUCUUGGCAAGGAUGGCCGGGCGCUCGGAAGUGAGCCUGUUGGCGCACAUGGAAGCUGUCCCGGCCCUGCGCCAUGCCUCCCGUUUGUCACCGGCCAUGCGCCAAGCGCGCCGGAGCUUCCUCAGCGCGUCAUCCGUGCGCAUGGCUAUGCAUGGCGACAUCAUUGGCAUUGACUUGGGAACCACCAACUCGUGCGUGGCCAUCAUGGAGGGCAGUACUCCCAAGGUCAUCGAGAACGCUGAGGGCAUGAGGACGACUCCCUCCUUCGUAGGCUUCACUUCGGACGGGCAGCGCCUCGUGGGAAUCCCGGCCAAGCGUCAGGCGGUGACCAAUUCCGAGAACACCGUGUUCGCAGCCAAGCGACUGAUCGGGCGAUCCUAUGACGAUGAGGCUACGCAGAAGGACAAGAAAGUCCUGCCAUACAAGGUUGUGCGAGCACCCAACGGUGACGCCUGGAUCGAGGCGGCGGGUGAGAAGUAUGCGCCGAGCCAGAUCGGCGCCUUUGUGCUCACCAAGAUGAAGGAGACCGCAGAGGCGUACCUGGGAAGAACCGUCACCCAGGCGGUGGUUACGGUGCCCGCGUACUUCAACGACGCUCAGCGCCAGGCGACCAAGGACGCGGGCAAGAUUGCCGGCCUGGACGUGCCCCGUAUCAUCAACGAGCCCACAGCUGCUGCACUGGCCUUUGGCAUGGACAAGGGCUCGGACGGACAGAUCCUAGCGGUCUACGACCUGGGAGGUGGAACCUUCGAUAUCUCCAUCCUGGAGAUCUCUGGGGGAGUCUUCGAGGUGAAGGCCACCAACGGAGACACCUCGUUGGGAGGAGAGGACUUCGACCACGCCAUUGUGAAGUACCUGGUGGACGAGUUCAAGAAAUCCCAAGGCAUCGACCUGGGCUCCGACAAGUUGGCGUUGCAGCGGCUCCGCGAGGCCUCGGAGGUCGCCAAGGUGGAGCUCUCCUCCAAGGUGCAGACUGAUGUUAACCUGCCCUUCAUCACUGCGGACCAGAGCGGUCCCAAGCACAUGAACAUCCAGAUGACCAGAUCGAAGCUGGAGCAGAUCGUGGAUUCCUACCUCCAGCGUACCAAGGCGCCCUGCUUGGCCUGCAACAAGGAUGCUGGGGUGGAGCCCAAGGACAUCAACGAGAUCCUGCUGGUGGGCGGUAUGACACGCAUGCCUAAGGUCAUGGAGAUCGUGCAGGAGGUCUACCAGAAGGAGCCCUCCAAGUCCGUGAACCCGGACGAGGCGGUGGCCAUGGGAGCCGCGAUCCAGGCGGGCGUGCUCAAGGGCGACGUCAAGGACAUCCUCCUGCUGGACGUCACGCCUCUGUCCUUGGGCAUCGAGACCUUGGGCGGGGUCUUCACUCGCCUCAUCGGGCGCAACACCACCAUCCCCACCAAGAAGUCCCAGGUGUUCUCCACUGCUGCUGACAACCAGACUCAGGUGGGCAUCAAGGUCUUCCAGGGUGAGCGAGAAAUGGCGGCGGACAACCAGAUGCUGGGCCAGUUCGAUCUCGUAGGUAUCCCUCCCGCGCCUCGCGGUGUGCCACAGAUUGAAGUGACCUUUGACAUCGAUGCCAACGGCAUUGUCAACGUCAGUGCAUCGGACAAGGGAACAGGCAAGAAGCAGGCCAUCACCAUCCGCUCCUCCGGCGGCCUCAGCGACCAAGAGAUCGAGCGCAUGGUCAACGAGGCGGAGAACAUGCGCGAGACCGACCAGCGGAAGAAGGAGACACCGUGCACGCCAAGAACGAAGGAGAGAACCUCGCUUACCAGGUCGACAAGCAGAUCACUGACACUAAGGACAAGAUGUCCACCGCCGACAGGGACGAGUUGCAGACCUUGCUCGGGGAUUUGA